AUGUGGGAAUGGGCCCAGGAGUUCGGCAUUACAGCCCAGGGGACGAAAUGGACGGUGUUCCUAGUGUCGAGCUGCUUGAGAAUUGUUGAGAAAAAAUUGGGAAAGAAUGUCUCCGCGCUUGACGAAAGUCAAGAAUUAAAGAGAAGGAGGUGGGCAACAGGUGUCCUUACAAUGAAUAGGAUAGUCAAUCAGAUGGGGAUAAUGGGGCUUCGGCUUUAUGAUGUCUAUGCCAAAAAGGAUUUUAUUUUUCAUAAUUGCUCUACAAAAGCGGAAGAGGUUCGGAAUGCUGUUGCCGAUAUGACAGCGAAAUCCCUAUCUACAGUGGAAAUACUCAUCUCCACGGAUGCACGUGUUCUCUUUCUUCCGUAUCUCAUUUGGGCCAUUUUAGACUCCAAGCUUGAGGAAGGGGAAAAGUUGCCGCAAGCAGAUGUCUGCAAAAUCCUCGGCUUGGGCGAGUUCGCUAAUUUCCAAAUCCACUCGCCAUUUGUUCCGUUCGAUCAGCUGUACUCGGAACAGGAGCGGCUCCAGCGGCCCCCGGAGCAGCAUUCGGUCUCUGCCGGAAGCCCGGGGCCCGCUCCUUUGAGCCAAGAGGCAUCAACCCAAUUUGCAAGCUCGCAAUCGAACCGAAAUACACAGUCUUUGGCUCCACCAGAGUCAGAGCCAAUCGCUAUCCGGAACCAUGUAGCCGAGACCCCAGGGCUACAGCCGGUUUUGGCAAGUCCUCCUACGGCCAUCUCUGGUAACGAGGCAGAGACGCUGACGUCUUCGGGCCCCAUGAUGUUUGAUGUCAGACGACUUCAAACAGGUGCCUCGGCCAAUGCCAGGCCUUCCUCGGAGACUUGGUCGGAGAAUACAGGGUUACGGGACCGCGUUGUACCCCACGAGGCCUCAGAGAGCAGGCGUUUCCUUCAAGGACUGCGGGAUAGCGUGCCACACUCACCUGCGUUGCCGGUCGACAGACUUUUGGAUACAUCGCCAAGUUCGCCGCACAUGACAUCAGUCCAACAGCAACAACGGGUUCUGGAAUCGAAUCAGCCUCUACAAUUUCCGGUUCCAAGUUCCGACAGGGCCCUCCCGGAGAACGGCCCUCGAGAGAUACUGAGCCAUAGCACUAGCAUGGCACCCAACAGCCAAGACCAGAGUGAAUACAUCCAUACACGCCAAGAUCUAUCCGCUUGCAAUCACGCCCCUGGGACCCAAAACCAUAACCACCCCGCCACACCAAGCGUACAAGAGCAAGCUGACUGUCGAGCACAGAUGCAAAUCCCGGGAUUUCUACCAGGCCAGCCUGAGUCUUCGCAGCCACGGAGCCAUGCCACGGAAGCAGCGGGUGUAGAAGCCCCCGAAGGAAGUGAUGUAUUAACCCGAGCAUCUUCGCGUGACACUCCUAGAAGUGCGUAUAACAACCCGUUGGAUGAUACAUCAUUUUGGGACGAUCUCCUUGAUGAGAAGGAUCAGGCCAGCAUGGAUACGCUGUUCAGUGUUCUUGAUGCGAAUGUGGUCGACUGA